AUGGUGGGAACAGCAAAGAAAACCAGGAGAACUACCAACAAAGAUGACUCACUUGCAGUAGUACAUGGAGAAAACCCACAAGUUUCAACUAUUAUUGCUCCUAUUGUCUCAUCCUACAAUGAGAAGAUUCGUCCUAUUCUUGAUGCUGUUGAGAAUCUCAGGAGACUCAACAUUGCCAAGGAAGGGAUUCAGCUUCCAACCAUUGUUGUUGUUGGUGAUCAAAGUUCUGGCAAGUCUAGUGUGCUUGAAUCUCUUGCUGGCAUCAGCUUGCCACGUGGCCAAGGCAUAUGCACCAGGGUUCCUCUUGUUAUGAGGCUUCAAAGUCAUCCUCUUCCAAAUCCUGAACUCAUGCUUGAGUUCAAUGGCAAGAGCAUCUCAACAGAUGAAGACAAUGUGUCUGAUGCUAUCAACAUUGCCACUGAUGAACUUGCUGGAAAUGCCAAAGGGAUUUCAAACACCCCUUUGACAUUGGUGGUGAAGAAAAAUGGUGUUCCUGACUUGACAAUGGUGGAUCUUCCUGGUAUUACUAGGGUUCCUGUUCAUGGCCAGCCUGAAAAUAUCUAUGAUCAGAUCAAGGAUAUUAUCAUGGAGUAUAUUAGGCCUGAAGAGAGCAUUAUUCUGAAUGUUCUUUCUGCUACCGUUGAUUUUACUACUUGUGAAUCCAUAAGAAUGUCUCAGUCUGUGGAUAAAACUGGUUUGAGAACCUUGGCUGUUGUAACAAAGGCUGAUAAGUCUCCUGAAGGCUUGUUGGAGAAGGUAACUGCUGAUGAUGUUAACAUUGGUCUUGGUUAUGUCUGUGUCAGGAACAGAAUUGGCGAUGAAUCUUAUGAGGAGGCGAGGAUUGAAGAAGAGAGGCUUUUUGAGUCUCAUCCAAUGCUUUCAAAGAUUGACAAAUCCAUUGUUGGUGUUCCUGUUCUGGCACAGAGGCUAGUUCAAGUUCAAGGCAUGAUCAUAUCCAAAACUCUGCCAGAAAUUGUGAAGAAAAUCAAUGAGAAACUGACUUACAAUUUAUCUGAGUUGGAUAAGUUGCCUGUGAAUCUGACUUGUGUUGCUGAUGCUAUGACUACCUUCAUGCAUAUCAUUGGUUUAUCCAAAGAGUCAUUGAGGAAGAUUCUUCUGAGAGGGGAGUUUGAUGAGUACCCUGAUGAAAAGAAUAUGCACUGCACUGCCAGGUUAGUCGAUUUGCUGGAUUCAUACUCUAAUCAUCUUCAGUGUUUCUCUGAAAAAGAGGCCACAAAAGAUUUUCUCAUGGAAGAGAUUAGGGAGCUGCAGGAAGCUAAAUUGAUUGGUUUGCCUAACUUCAUGCCUAGAACUGCUUUUCUAUCAAUACAUCAGAGGAAGGUUAAGGCAAUUGCUCACAUGCCAAUUGAUUUUGUGCAUAAUGUGUGGGAGUAUUUGGAAACUGUUGUGAGUUCUGUUUUGCUCCGUCAUUGUGAGAAUUAUUAUCAGCUUCAGGUUUCCACACGGCGUGCCGGCCAGUCCCUUAUUGCCAAGAUGAAGGAGAGUUCUAUUAAGCAUGUCUUAGUGGUCGUUGAAAUGGAGAACCUGACUGAUUAUACCUGCAACCCUGAGUUCAUGGCAGAGUACAAUAAAUUGAUUUCGCAGCAAGAUGAUUUUGUGAAAGCUGUUUUGGAUCCUAAUAAUAAUAAUCAAACUUUUGACUUGAAAGGUGUUGGAGUAAUCGAUGUUGCUCAUCUGAAGCAGUAUUUCAGUAUGCUUACUCAAGCUUUUGACUUGAAAGGGAGGAUGAUUGCUUACUGGAGGAUCGUACAGAAGAGGAUCAUUGAUAGCAUUGCGAUGCAUUUGAUGCUAAGUAUCCAUAAUCUUGUCAACAAAGACCUGGAAAAAGAAAUUGUUCAUGACUUGAUGUCACCAAAGGGUGGUGGAAUUGAAAGGCUGCUGGAGGAGUCACCUUCCAUUGCAGGGAAGCGUGACAAGCUAAAUCGGAGCGUCAAGGUGCUCCAGGAAUCCAAGGAAACUGUUGGAAAUCUGAUGGACAGGAUUGGAACAUACGGUGAUUAG